GCCCGCAUUUGUGGAGCAAACAGUUCGCAACGAACCCGCAAAGUGAACGGAACAAACAGUCGACGACCUCAAACAAACGCACACAAAUAAUCCAACAAGAGUAUUUUCCAUUCAAAAGUGAAUCCAAAAACUAAAUAAAGCAAAAACAAUGGCCGCCAUCAAGGAUAGCCUCUUGGCCCAAGUGGCCGAAGUUCUGCCCAGCUCGGGUCACAAGGUCACCGUUGUGGGCAUCGGCCAGGUUGGCAUGGCCAGCGCCUUCAGCAUUCUCGCUCAGAACGUCUCCAAGGAGGUGUGCCUGAUCGAUGUCUGCGCCGACAAGCUGCAGGGAGAGCUCAUGGAUCUGCAGCAUGGCUCCAACUUCCUGAAGAAUCCCCAGAUCACAGCCAGCACAGAUUUUGCGGCAUCCGCCAACUCUCGGCUGUGCAUCGUCACCGCUGGCGUGAGGCAGAAGGAGGGCGAGUCCCGCCUGUCGUUGGUGCAGCGCAACACUGAUAUUCUCAAGAAUAUCGUCCCCAAGCUGGUGGAGUACAGUCCCGAUACCAUCCUCCUGAUGGUCUCCAAUCCCGUGGACAUCAUGACCUACGUGGCCUGGAAGCUGUCGGGUCUGCCCAAGAACCGCGUCAUUGGCAGUGGCACGAAUCUGGAUUCGUCUCGCUUCCGUUUCCUCAUGUCGCAGCGUCUGGGCGUGGCACCCACCUCCUGCCACGGCUGGAUCAUUGGCGAGCACGGAGACAGCUCUGUGCCCGUGUGGUCGGGCGUCAAUAUCGCUGGCGUUCGUCUGCGUGAAUUGAACCCCAUUCUGGGCACUGGCGAGGAUCCAGAGAAGUGGAACGAACUCCACAAACAAGUGGUGGACUCUGCCUACGAGGUCAUCAAGCUAAAGGGCUACACCUCAUGGGCCAUUGGCCUGAGCACGGCCUCCCUGGCCUCGGCCAUUCUUAGGAAUACAAGCAGCGUGGCUGCUGUCUCUACCUCUGUACUGGGUGAACAUGGCAUCGAUAAGGACGUGUUCCUGUCGCUCCCUUGCAUUCUGAACGCCAAUGGCGUCACCUCUGUCGUCAAGCAGAUCCUGACACCCACCGAAAUCGAGCAGCUGCAAAAGUCGGCCAACAUUAUGUCCGAUGUCCAGGCUGGACUCAAGUUCUAAGCAAAAAUUGAUGGAAAAUCCUUCCUAUUACAAUGACAAAUCUAAUUUUAGUCACGCAGUUUGGGGGGGGCGAGGGAAAAUCCAGUGAAAAUACCCCA